AGCCGAGAUCAGCGACUCUCACCAGGCAUGAAUUAAAUAUUACAGGGUAUGGAGAUAUUUCGUAAUCUACUUGCAACCUUGCGUGUUAUUCUUUCUUGAGUUCUUCCCAACGACAAGACUACAUAUAGACGUCCGCGGUCGGGUUUAUAUCCAAAAUAUAUUUAGAGGCUACUGGUGUUUAUCGAUUCUGAUCAGAGAAAUCAUUUCGUGCAUUGGAUUGCUAUAGUUGCUUAUAGACCGACAUCGGCACAUUAAUCAUCACGAAGAUGGGUGAGAAUAACUCGGCCCAGAAUGGACGUACAUGGAAACAAUACUUUCCAGACGGCGACCUGUGGGUAUUUGGAUACGGGAGUUUGAUAUGGAAACCGCCACCUUAUUAUGACCUGAGAGUUCCGGGGUAUAUCAACGGCUAUGUUCGACGUUUCUGGCAGGCCAGUACAGACCACCGCGGAACCCCAGAGCAACCAGGACGAGUAGUCACAGUCAUUGAGAGAUCCUUCUGGGAGACGCUCGACGACCCCCAAAAAGAGCUCGAAUCAUCAGCAACAUCAACCCUCUGGGGCGCCGCAUACCACAUCCCCGCGUCCCACGCAGAAGAAGUCCACGACUAUCUCGACGUGCGCGAAAUCGACGGGUACAGCGUGCACUACACACCCUUCUUCCCCGUGGCCGCCGACAGCUCAACAAUCCACACCCACACCCACGCCGGCCAAGGCCCGAACCUAAUUACUGAAACCCACCCCUUAAACCACUCUGCACCUAUCACCUGUAUGGUGUAUAUCGGGCAGCCGACGAAUCCGCAGUUUCUGAGGGAUCCAGCAGAGCGGGACCCUGCGGCUGUCGCGGAGGUGAUUAGUGUGAGUAGUGGGCAAAGUGGGAGGAAUCCAGAGUAUGUCUAUUUGCUGGAAAAAGCGCUUGAGACGCUUGGGCUGGGCAGUGCGGAUGGUCAUGUCACGGAGCUAGUCCGUCAACUCAAGGCGAUCGAGCAGCGGCAUAAUCGCAAGGAGGAGGCCGAUAUUGAGGAGUUGAAUGCGGAACGAGAGGUUCGUGAGAGUGUGAAGAAUUGGGAGCUAUGAGAGGUGUUGGCUGGUUGAUAGGACCGGAAGGUUGGUUUAGGGAGUGUUUGAUAGAGUUCAUGGGAAAUGAUCGGUCAUUUGUACAAAC